UCGGAGCCGGAGGCAAAGCACAGAACAUCACAGCAUAGCAGCACACUGCUGCAUGCACCAAUUUCCCUUGCUCUUCCGGCCUCCUCCUCUCCUCUCCUCUUCUGUUCUCUCCAAGAGACAUAUAAUAUUGGGAAAAGAAUCCCACUAUCUCAUGACAUAUGAAGGAGAGAGAGAAACGAGAGGGAGCAAAUUCCAUCGAGGCCAUCCGCGAGACAUUCCUCCUCCUUCUCCUUGACAUCCAGGAGAGCUCUCCCUCCUCGUCCUUGCCUGCUGCUUCCCCUCUCUAGCUAGCUAGCUAAGCUUGCCUUAUUGUCGAUCGAGCGAUAGAUAGCGCGACGGGUGAGAAUUGCUGGCGAGGAUCGAUCUCCAGCAAUUGGGGUUCUUCUUGCAUGGAUGCGGCCCACUGGCAUCAGGGGCUAGGGCUAGUAAAGCCCAUGGAAGAGAUGCUGAUGGGUGCAAAUCCAAAUCCUAAUGGGAGCUCAAAUCCGGCUCCGCCGCCGUCGUCUGCCGCCAGCGCCCAGCGGCCUAUCGCCCCGCUGGCGGCAGGAGCGGCUGCCGGCGCGGCCGCCGGAGCUGCGGCUGGGGCUGGCACAGAGCGCCGGGCCCGGCCACAGAAGGAGAAGGCGCUCAACUGCCCGCGGUGCAACUCGACGAACACCAAGUUCUGCUACUACAACAACUACAGCCUCCAGCAGCCGCGCUACUUCUGCAAGACGUGCCGCCGCUACUGGACGGAGGGCGGCUCUCUCCGCAACGUCCCCGUCGGCGGGGGCUCCCGGAAGAACAAGCGCUCGUCCUCCUCCGUGGUGUCGUCGGCGGCCGCGUCGGCGUCUACCUCCGCGGCGGUGUCCGGCACGGUUGCCGCCGGGCUGGCAGCCAAGAACCCGAAGCUGAUGCAUGAUGGCGCGGGGGAUCUCAACCUGGCGUUCCCGCACCACCACGGCCGCGCUCUGCAGCCACCAGAGUUUACAGCGUUCCCGAGCUUGGAGAGCAGCAGCGUGUGCAACCCCGGAGGCAACCUGGCGGCGGCGAACGGCGCCGGUGGCAGGGCCAGCGUCGGCGCGUUCUCGGCGAUGGACUUGCUCAGGAGCACCGGCUGCUACGUUCCGCUGCCGCAGAUGCCGCUAGGGAUGCCGGCGGAAUACGCAGCCGCGGGGUUCGCGCUAGGCGAGUUCCGCAUGCCGCCGCCGCCACAGCAGCAGCAGCAACAGGCUCAGACCUUGCUCGGUUUCUCCCUGGACACGCACAGCACGGGUGCUGGCGGCGGCUCCGCGGUCUACGGUGCGUGCAGCGCUGGGUUGCAAGGGGUGCAAGACGGCGGAGCGGGCAGGUUGCCGUUCCCCUUCGAGGACUUGAAGCCUGUGGUGAGCGCCGCGGCUGGCGACGCGAACAGCAGCGGCGAUCAUCAGUUCGACCACAGCAAGAACCAUGCCAGCGGCGGUGGCGGCGUCAUCGGUGGCCAUGAGACCUCCGGGUUCUGGAAUAACAGCAUGAUCGGCAACGGCAGCACCAAUGGCGGCGGCGGCGGUUCUUGGUAAGGUGGUGCGAGCUGCCUGGCGCCGCCAUGCAUGGCUCAUGCAUGCACGCGUGGUGGUCAGCAGCAGCAUGUGGAGAUAGAGAAAUGGGAUAGAGACAAGGGGUUAAUAAGCUUGUGGUGAUUAGUAGUGUUACAUAUGGCGUUUUGUUUCUCUCUUUGCUUGUUUGGCUUUUCGGUUUCAUGGUGUUGCUUCUUUGAUGUUUGUUCAUGUGUGUGUGGUUAAUUAUCGGCUUGGGGGCUGGCUAACACAGCAGGAUACACAGAUUUAAGGGUGGUGAACUUGGUGAUAUUAUACAGCUGCUGAUCUAUUCACCAA